AUGAGCAGCUCUUCGUCAAGCCCAACUAUCUCUCUUGGCAAGCUCAAAAACGCUCUAAUUGGUAUCUCAGUUCUGACAUUUUCUACCGUCGUCUUCUUCGCGCUACAUACAUCGCCUCAUCUCCCCUUCCGACCGAAUGAUAUUGAGAAUCCAUGGAUUCCGUCAGAUCCGCCAUCAUGGCCGCCGCAGCCAGCCAAUAAUAGUCGAUACACCGACCGGCUCGUCAAUUACAAACCAGAACACCCCAAUUUCAGCGAGGUGCAACCCAUAGACACCAAGCGUCUUGCCGUAUUGUUACCAACCUUUGAUGGACAUUUCCCCCAAGUCUUUCGCUAUUUCCAAUCCGUCAAGUGUCUAUGCGUCGACCAUGAUAAGGUCGACUGGCACAUCAUCGUAUCCAACUCUGCAGAAGUCGAGGGCCUUACUCAGCUUCUCUCGACCCUCGAAGAUUGCAACGAAACAUUCAGUCGAUGGAAAACACCAAAAGAUAACGUUCCCGGGAACAAUCCAACUUUUAAUAUCGUGAAUCUAUACGACAUUCUGCCAGCCAGGCUACGAGCGAACCUGACACGCGAAGACACCAGCGGUUUGUUGAAGAAGUAUGAUAAAUACGCUUAUCAAUCGAUCAAGAAAAUGUCUGCGGCUGAUCAUUUCGAUUACGACUUGGCCAUGUGGCUGGAUUCCGAAGCGAUAUUUGUUUCGCCAGCAGCCACUCUGGGGCGAUCCAUCAAUUCCUUUGGUGAUCAGCUUUGGUUACUGGAGUCUCUCCAGUGGAUCAUUGAGAAGCCCAUAUGGAAUGAUAUGGUCUCGUCUGUUGAGAUGGCGCACGGUGGUAACUUUUGGGACAUUUGGAUUGAGAACGCUUAUCCUUUCGAAUUGCUGGUGUACUACCUUCACAUUAUCGCACGCAAGAUGGAAACUGCAAAUUCGAUAUUGUCGAACUAUCGCAUUUUGGAAACAGAGCGCGAGCUCAUUCGCUUCGGCCUGGCUGAAUCUAUCUCGGCAAUGGAGGGAAGAAGAGGAACAGGAUUCAUGGAAAGGCUACCUCAUCUCAUUACGAAACCACAUUCGGUUCUGGCACCGAACUUGAUAGCAUUUUGUCAAAGCUAUUCUCUUCGGGCGUUGAGAAUGGAUAACAUGGAUAACUUUGAAGAGAGUGCCCUAGACAGUUUCCUGAUUGAUGGGGACAUCAAGAUGCUGGUGUCAGGAGCGCCAGAUAUUCAUAAAUGGUGGGAUGAUCGGAUAAAAAACGGCGAGAAUAUCAGCAACACACAGACUACUUUUAGUUAA